ACUAGUUCCCUCACACAUGGUUACUUCCCAUCCAUAAAGUUAUGACAGACCUCUCGUGUUAAGAGUCAUUAUAAAUAAUCGGUUAAAACGCCGUGGAAUCAUUUCCUUCUAUUCUCAAUUAACUUCCAUAAAUAAUAGAAUCGAUAUAAUUUGGAACUUUGUGUGAAAUGAGUUUGCAGUCAACAAAUUUGGGUCUGCUUCUUCUUUUGUUACUUGGGACGCUGGAAGGUUGCUAUGCUGAGGAGGAAGAGAGAAGUGAUGAUGACGAUCAAAUACACGAAGAUCCUCACAGAGACCCAUCUCUUUGUGAAGGUUGGUAUUGUUUUUUGUUUGUCUUUUUACAUUUUUGUGACGUUUUAAACGUAACAAUCUGUCUAAAACUAAAGCCGUUAGUAAGUUGGGCUUAGUUUAGUCUUUUACUCUUAACUCUUAACUUAGUAGUAGUAGUAGUCUAAGUCUAAGUCUAAGAAGAUAAGUUAAGUACUACUAAGACUAAGGCUUGGCUAGGGUGUGUGCACAACACAAAAAAACGACAAAAUAAAAGUUAGUAUAAAAACUAUAAAAUAAAAGCUAGUAUAAAAGUAAAAGUUAAAAGUAACCUCACCUAGUCAUAGUUAAAUCAUAGUAUUAUUGAAGGGUGUGUCCAUCAUGGUUCAUAAUAUGGCAAUGAAUUCAAACAUCAGUAAAUUGUAAUUGAAAUUGUAACUCCUCACUGACCUAACUGAAUUUAAUUUUAAUAAUCAAUCACUUCUUCAAUUUCAAUUGAAUAAGUAAUGGUUAUUGUAUGUUUGAUCAAACUGUGUAAUGAUAAUUAAUUGUAUAAAUUAUUAUUUAUUAUUAUAAAUAAUUCAAUCAAUAAUAUUGAUAUUGCUUUAACUUAAAGUUUAAGGAAAGAAAAAAAAAAGGCUAUGGCCCAUGCAUAUACUAAUACUAUAUAUACUAUACUAUGAUCACUAUGAAGUUGUGAUUGAAUAAUAAUAGUAUACGUCUGAAGGCAUUUGCUGAAACUUUUGAAUUUGUAUUUUGUCUGUUCUCUAUGAUGCCACAUUUGUUUUCUUUCAGUUUGUAAAUAUCUUAGCACAGAACUGAAAGGUCGACUUGAUGAAACAGGCAAAACACAUGAAGUUAUUGAAACAGGAUAUGGUCUUGAUACUAAGAAGAAAAGAAAAGAGUAUAGGAAAUCGUAAGCAGAAUAAGGUUUUAUAGUAUACGUUUUUUUAAAAUGGGAACUUCUGCACUUUUGUUGCUUACAAAAAAGAACUGUGUAUGAAUUUAGAGAAUUUAAGGCUGCUUUACCAGUGGAGUCAAUACAUAAUGCUAGACACUGAAUUACAAAUAAGUGAAUUUAAACAACAGCAAUGAGUACUGGUACAAGUACAUCUGCAGAAUCAAAUGAAAUAUGAAAUGCCUCAACUUAGUGCUUUGUGUAGUCAUAUGGUGUAAAUGGAUAGGUUUCAGGCAUAAGGGAAGAAAUGAGUCUCAUAUAGCUAUUGCAGUGCCGCCUUUAGGCUUGGGCACACUGGGCAGUUGCCCAGGGCCUUAGGUUUCAAGGGGCUUUAUUCUUCUAGGAGCAUUAAGUUGCCCAUAUUGUUAAUGAUAUUGAAAUAUACUUGGGCAAUUUCAUUUGCUUUAAAAGUGCUGUGGUAAGCAGGUUUCCAAAGUUUGGGUGAACAAAUGUUUUGAUUUUCUAAUUAAUUCCAUUCUCUUAUAUUAUUUAUAAAACAAAAACAUAUUUCACGGAUUUCAGGAGAGGGAGGGAAAUGUGUUAAAGCGACAUAUUUUUAUUAUUAUUAAUUAAUCAGAAGAAAAUUAUAGUCAGAACUGAUCUGUGGCUUUUGGAGAUUCCCUGCCAAUUUUAGGAUCUUCCCCCCUGAGUUCAAAGGGAAUAGUUCAUUAUUUUUUCUACAACACACAUUGGGCCCCUUAAAUAUCUGGGGUCCCCGUGCAGCAGCAGGGAUUGUUGGGCCCAUGUGAUGGCUCUGGUUAUUGUAGUUGAUAUUCCAAAUAAAUAUUUCAAUUUACUGAAUCUUUUAGAAAUAUCUACUGCUUCAACUUCCCUCAGAUAAAUCACAUAUUAAUAAAUAUAUGAUAACUUGUGAAAAUAUAUCCUAUCUUCUUUACAUCAAUAUGUUAUUUACAUACAAUUUUUUAUUUAUUAAAAAGGCAGAUUUAAAUUACCAAAAUAGAUUCAUAGACCUUUUCUUACAAAACAUUACUCAUUACUUUAUCCCCCCCCCCCCUUUUUUUUUUUUUUUUUUUUCCACCCUUUUUUUUUUUUUUUUUAAUUUUAUCUGCAACACUUUUUAAAUUUUUGUUAAAUGUAAAAAGGUAAUAUCCUAUACUUAUAGUUUUUUUUUUUUUUAACAUGUUGGCCUAUACAAUGUUAGUAAUCCUUUAUUGAAAUGAACAACUUCUUUGAGCUGGAAUCAUUUUGUAAAAAUUCAUUUAAUAAUGAAGUAGUGUAAGAACGUAAGUAAAUUUGAUUUGAAAAGCAAAAUAAAUGUUUUGAACCAAAUAAAAAUAAAGGAUUUGCGUAACGCAACCUUAUCAAUCAAGCCUAACUUUCCACUGGCAUCUCUUCUGUUGUUAGCUGGUUAAGUGUAGAAUGAUUCAAAACUAAAUUUAUGUAUUCGCCAAAGUCGCCCCUACAUUUUGAAUUAAACAAAAACUUUCUGGGUAGUGUCUCACUGAACCCCUACUCCCUCCCCAACCUGCUCAAUCUCAUGUUUCAUUUAAGAGACUUGGUGCCUUUGAUUUCUGCCCCCUCGACGAUCAAAAUGACAGUACUGGCAAUUAUAUAUCUACAAAAAUAUUUUCCUUUACUUAAGAAUAUAUUUAUAUAUAAAAUUGGACUUCACUGUAUAGAUUCCAUAGGCAUACUAAGCUGCUCCCAAAGCAUACCCUCAAGGGUGCCACAUCCAGAAUGAAUUUAUUUUAUGCAGUCAGAGCUGGCUCUGGUCAACAUCAUGCUAAAUUUUGGCACUGAUAGAAGGACCCCACCCCCCCAAUGAGAUUGUAAGAAACUCUGGUAAUAACGACAGGGGCCAACCUAGGCCCCAAAUGCUUUUCUAACAUUAAUUUAAUAGACUAGAGAGGAAUAAGAGGCCUUGAUGCCUUACUUCGCUCAGGGUCCCUGAUGCUGUUAAUUCAGCCCUGGACUAUUAUCAAAUAAAUUUAAUUAAAUUAGCUCUGCCACACUACUUACUAUGUAUGUGAUGUCACCAUACUAUCAUUGGGAGUCCAUCAUAAAAAAAAAAGUUAAAAACCCCUUACUCAACAUUUUUGUUUACACACAAGGAUGAAUUCAAAGGAAAAGCAAGUCUCCUAUCUCUCCUCUUGAUUUUUAAAAUACUUAUGAAUAUUUAGAGACAUGUAUAUACUUUGUGUGUUCCCCACCACCACCCAAUCAUAUUUUUCUGAAUCUGCCACUAAUGUGCUACACAGACGCAAUGACUUAAAAUAAUAUUUUUAAUAGAUUUUAUUUUGUCCUCAUUUUAUUUUUAGAGUUAAUGUAUGUUACAUAUAAAAUAAGAUGGAGAUAUGUUUUGAUUACACUGUACUUAUUGAUUUUCAGCAUAUGGAUAAACAUUCUGAUUAAGAUAAAUAUUUUUAAACUAGAACAAUUUAAAAACAAGACAUUUAAAGUAUUUUUCAAGCUCAAAGUCGAAUAAAAUUACAAGAACAUUUCUGAUUUUACAAAUAUUUACAUUUGAUCAAGGGAACUGCGGUUGAUAGAAGCUGUCAAUGAUCCCCAUGUUUGUGAGAAAAUACUUGAGUACAACAUUCAUGCUGAGAGAAAAGGCAGUUUACGCUUUGCUAAAGGCAGGAGUCAGACCAUGGAAACAUUACACAAUUUAGUGUUAGUAUUUGAUAUAUUAUUUAUUAAGAUACAUUACAAAUAAAUAAUAAAUUUAUUUGAACGUUUUUGAGGCAAAUGAGAUUAAUUAUUGUUGUCUGUUGCAUUAAAAAAAUGUGUUAUUCAUACAAAUUAAUUAAUGCAAGCACAUUAAAAAUGUUAUCUUGUUUUUGUAAAAUCUCAAAUACUGAUACAGUUCUUAUUUUAGAGCUAAAUAUUAACUUUAAAAUUGUUUUAGUCCAUCAUAAACUAGGUUAGCAGCAUUCACCCUUUUCAAUAGUCAAUACUUGAAUUAAAUGUCUUAUUUGAAUUAAAUUUUAUAGUCACAAAGGUGUAAAUGUGGAACUUGGCAUUCCUUAUGAGCUGUGGGACACACCGUCAGCUGGAGUUACAGAGAUGCAAAGAAAGGUGUGUUUAAAGAGAGCAACUCUCUUUAUUCUUUUAAUUUCUUUGGCUCUGCUUUAGGCUUUUAUAGAUUUGCUAAAAAAAAAAUGAAUAUGAUCAUCCAUUAAAACAAGUGCUACUGGUAUUGAUAUUUAAAUACCCUGUUUUCACAUAGACCAACUUCUGUCAAGGCAAAGAAAUUAGUAUUUCAUGUGCUCUGUGGAAAUAAUUAAGUUCUGCAUAGCAGCACAAGUUCCUUUUCCAAAGUGUUGUUAAAAGUUAAAAUAAAAUUUUAAAUUGUUUAUUCUAGUUUCUGAAAAUGGGUAUGUAGUGGUUCAGCUGGUGUAUAAUGCUUUUUCCUUUUCUGCCCGAUUUUCGAAUAUUUUGUAUUUUUUAAAAUUAUUUUUCAGUGCUAUAAAAUUGUGGAGGAACAUGAAGAUAGUAUUGAGGACUGGUAUUGGAAUCAUCAGGACCAAGACUUAACAAUAUUUUUAUGCAAGAAUAAAGUCCUAAAGUCUGAUGAUCUGGGUAAACUUCUUACGUUGCUGCUUUUAAUUAUGCAGUAUUUAAAUAUUUAGGUUUCAAUUUAUUUCAAGGUCAUUUACUUAUUUCUAUACAUAUUUUAUUAAUUUGUAAGGCAAAAAUAGAAUGACAGAAAAUUCAAUCAAGACAUUUAAAUUUCUUAAAAAUUAGCUUUAAAUAGCGAUGAUAUAAUCUAAUAUCAAAAGCUAUCCUUAUCUACAUCAUACUAAAUUGAAUUUAGAGAUUGAAAAAGAAGAAAAUUGAUUAAGCUUUUCUGGAAUGUUAAGUCAAAUUUCAAACACAUGAUAAGAGCUUUUAAAUGUACCUCUUCUGGUGAAAGAUACAGUUGUUUGGAGGGGAAGCUCAUUACAGAAUGAUUUUUUUUUAAAAAUAAUCUACAAGGCAUGUCAAGCUUUAAGUUGCAAGCCAUAUUGAUAAACUUGACAGAUACUUUUUUUUUAGAAGAAUCAAUAUAAUCUGCUCUAGUGUCACAGAGGAGAUAUGCAUUGCUUUGUGCCUGUUUAUUAUUUGAGAACCAUCGCUUCUUGACAUAAACACAAUAUAUGCACUGUUCCAAAUAAACUCUCAGCCAAACUACAUUAUUAGUUUCACAUUAUAAAGGAAUUUCUAUAUCUGAAAUGUGAGAGAUCUGCAACAUUUUUUUUGUUUUGUGUGUGGUCAGAUUUGUUAUAGAAAAAGAGUGACAUUCAUGUAACCCUUUUGCUUUUAUUAUUUUUAUUAGAAAUAAAGGUUUUAUUGGGCCUUUUUGAAGACAUUGUUGGGACUGGGCAGUGUACUGCUGGUCAUAGGUGGGGCAUCCUUGGAGUAAAUGCAGAGAUAAAAUUCAGAAUGAAAUUACAAUAACUUGAAAUUAAAUAUUUGAAUUUUUUUUUUUUUUUAAUGGUUCAAAGGCAUUUCAUUUUUAUUUUUACAAUGCUGAACUAAUGUUGUAUUGCCAGCCUGCUUGUCUGAACAAUGGACUGGUGAAAAGAAAAGCAAAAAAGGAGAUGGUGAAAAAGAGGAUGGCUCUAAAGCAAGGAAGAAAAAUAUUAAAAAAGGUAACAGUCCCCAAAUGUUAUUGUUAUGGCUUAAUUGUGCUACCGCUAAUGAAAAAUCCGCUUUCAAGGGAGGAAAUGACUUUUUAAUCACAAAAUAUAGGCAUUUACUUAGCAUAUUUGAAUUAAUUCCAAAUUUUGAUCCAGUUCUAUACAACAUAUUAUGCAGGUCUACUUCGUACUUAGACACUAUCAUAAGAAUGUUUGACAUUAUUUAUAAUGUAUGGCUAAUAAAAGAGAAUAAACUUGAAUGAUCUGAGAAAGCUCACAAGCAGGCUGCCUGAAGAAUGCAGACCUUCCUCAUUGCCAAUAUUUUAUAUUAAUUUAUAUGUCACUUUAUAAUGGUUUACAUGAAGAAAAUUGAAAAUCAAUGCUAAACUUAUUAUGCAUAUGUGGAUGGAUUAUUUAAAUGAAGAAAAAACCUGCGAGGUUAAUUUCAAAUUUGGCCCAUGAGGGAAAAAUAGCUCUCCCACAUUUUGCAAAGUAUAGGGGAAAAAUGUUAACAUAUUGAAUACACGUUUACAACCAAACUGAUGCUGAAGGCAAGUGUUUAGGGGGAAAUGAACGGUAUGAGAAAUAAAGCUGAUGAUGCUCAGCAUUUUGUAUGGUAGAUUUUAUCCCAGAUAAAAGUUUGAGUGAAAUGUACUGUUUCUAAAAUAGAUGUCCUUGAACAGAAUUAGUUGUGCUGGGAAAAAAUUUUCAUUGUUGGUUAUUAGAAGUCUCUUCUUACUCAUAGCUAAACUGAGCAGUAGAUGGUUUGUUGAAAGAAUAUCCAAAUUUCAUUGAGAACAUUAAAAAAAAUUUUGUUUCAAAAUUUCAUACCGGUUUAACACAUUGAGGAAUGAAACCCUGAUUAUUUUUUGUCAGCAUUUUGUGUUAAAUUAUUUUAUAAAUUAGUUUUUUUACCCCCCAAAAGAUACAGAAUAGUUUAAUCAAGUCAACCAAAUAAUGAAUAUUUAUUUUAUACAUAGAGCUCUUUGAAAGAAAAAAAAACUGCAAUAUUUACUUUAGAUGUUUUGUUGUUAAAGAAUUCCAUAACAAUAUAAAUUUUGACUGUAGAAACGUUCUGGUGUAAUGUUUAGGCUUAGGGACUUGCCUGUCUAAAUUUGGCCAUGUUUUGUUUUUUAAUUCCAAGUUUUUACUAUAUUUGUCCUUGUUAAAAUAAUUAGCCAAGAAAUAAUUUUACUCCUCAGGUCAUGGUAAAAUGAAAGGAGAUGUCGGAACCAAAGAAAAUGAGAAAACUGAGCUUUAAAUUAAAGAUACUUUUGGUGACUUGGAUCAAUUUUGAACUACAUCAUUUAUAAUUUUAUAGCAGUAUUAUAAAAACCAUGUGCAACCACAUAUAUUUUAUAACUGUUUUUUUUGUUAUAUAUUGUCAAAUAUCCACCAAAAAGAAUUACAAUUGAAUGGAAUAAGAUUGUGUUAACACACCCUUUAAUGAGGCAAUCCUAAAAAAUUGUCAAAAGGCAUUACAACAGAUGCUUCAAUUUUUUAACUACUUAACAUUUGAUAUGCCUAUUUGUGCGGAAUUAAGGACAAAAUUCACUUUUAUUUACAUUAUUAACUUAAUCAUUUUAUCCAAAUUUUUUUCAAAAUUGCAAUUUUAAAUCUACAAAUGAUAAUUUAUGUUUGCAUAAAUACAUUCUUAAAUAUAUAUAUAUAUGUAUCUGAAUGUGACGACUUCACUCUGAAAGGUUUCUCUAUGUGUAACUUAUACUAUUUCAUAUAUAGAAACAUGCUAGCUUUGUUUUCUUUGCUAAUAAAUUAUGUUAACCUAGAUGUUAUGUUUUAAAAUGAUAUUUUAACCAAAAUGGCAUUUAAAACUGACAUUUUCUAUAAACAUUUUUUUUCCCAAUAGUUUUCUAAGCUUCAUGACUAGAGAGAAAAAGCAGUGCAUUUUAACCUUUAUAAAGUUUAAACUAGUAGACCUGGUAUUUCCAACUGUUUGCUUUUGAUUAAAGAGCUGUUGGGAAAAAUUUAAUUGUUACUUUGCCAUAAAUUUCUGUAAGAAAUUGAAACUACACAAACGUAGUGUUUUGUCUUAUAAAGUUAUAUACUUCUAAGGUGUAUAAUUGUAAAUCAAAUCCAAAUAUGUUGGGUCUUUUUUUUUGGGGGGGCGUGUAAUACAAAAAAUGUACAUGUUCUGGGAACUAACUUGUUGCUCAGUAUUAUUUAAGAUAAAUUUUGCCUGUAAAACUUAAUCAUAAGUGAAUAAAUGUUAAUUUGGUUUGAGCAUUCAGAUUAUUAUAAUUUUUUUUUAUAAUUCACCAGCAAGCUUUCAAGUUUAAUGACAAAAUGUGUCAACAAAGGCUGACAUUUGUUUUGUUUUUAUAAUCACUGGACAAAAGAAAUGUGUUGGAACUAAUCAUAUGCAGAUGCUUGCUAUCCAUAUACUUUCUUAUUUAUAAGCUGUUAUUUAAUCUUUGUGGUGAAUUCUCCAAAUUGUGCUUUUUUAUAAAUGUAGGCCUUGAAAUGUCAUCUGUUUCAUUUUGGUACUGUGAGACGACCACAAUUUUUUUUUUUUUUUAAAAUUCCGAGUCAAGAUCUCACAAGAAUCUAAUAACUUUAAUAGUGAUGUUCAGCAACUGUUAGCACUAAAUUUAUUUAAUUCUGAAACGUUUUUAACCUUAAAUGGUUUUAGCAUUAGUUAUUGAGAAGCACUUUGCUUUAUAUACUAUUAGCUAAAAAAAUUAAGGAUAAAAAAAUUUUGAUUAAUGAAAACAAUUGUUCAUUUGCCAAAAUUCCAACGAAGGUGACAAAAAAAUGUUGGUUCUAUUUUCCCAUUGUUAAAAUAUGUAUAAAAAUCAGGCUAAAUGUGCAAGUAAUUUCUAUGUGUUAUUUAGAGGAUUAAGCCAUUCCAUCUUUUCCCAUUGGUAGCGGCUGCAGACAUUUAAUGUAUGAUAUAAGGCAUGGCAUUUAAAUUUAAACAUUCAAUGUUAUUGUAUAAUUUUGUACAUUAUUCUUUCAAUACUUUGCUCAAACAUUUAAUAAGAUCACAGCAGCUAUUCUGGGCUUGUUUACUUUGGAAAUUGAUCAAAAUUAAUUUAUUGCUUUUAAUCUGCUUCUUGCAAACAACUACCGUAAUGCUUCCAUGCAUAAAGAUUUCUUAAAUUUUGCGUUCAUAGCUCAGGAAGUUGUAAAUAAUAGAUAAAAUACUAGAAAAUCUUUCACCAAAACAUGUGAAGCUAUUACUGUUAUUGCUAUGCUAGGAAUCAUGUCAGCAUUCAACAUAUGUAAAUAAGAUUAAGUAAAUCGUAUGCAUUGUGUAUAAUUACUUAAGAAAAAUAUCAACCAAAUGUGUUCAUAUUUAAUAAGUUCUUUUUGAACAUUAAUGUAUUUUUUGAAACAGUUGUCAAGCCAGAAAGGGAUACCUGAUCCCAAAACUGUUAUAGAAAACUCUGAUCACAUUAUCUCCUGUAUCUUAGUAUUUAUUCUCUUUAUGGUGAACAUGAUCAUUUUAUUCUAGAAUUUGAUCUCAUGAAAUAUGAUUUUUGUUGUUGCUUUGUUUCAAAUGUUCUUGUAAAUGAUGGCAUCUAUUACUCUCAUUCCAGGAGACAUUUCUCUAGCUGUUAACUUAAUCUGACGCCAUCCAUGCACUAAAUGAAGAUGGACAGCUUCUUAUGUAAAAUGUGAAAGAUAUUCUUUAUAUAUUGCUUUUUUAUAUUACG